GUCCCUCCGCGGCUCCCGUAGAUGAACAGUAAAGUCAGACGUGUAUCUAACAAACAGGAAUUUCCUACCAAACAACAUGAAUGAGUCCUCUGAACCAGCGCUUCAUCACAACCUGUCUGUCUGAGACUCUUUACUGAUGAAUCCAACAGAGGAUGGCGUCUGACUUAACGUUAUUCUUCGACAAUCAUCAACAUUAUCCUGUGAUGGACAGUGAGACAGGCAUCAUGUCCAUCGACCAUGGAGGAGAGUGGGACAGCGUGUUCGAUGAGCUAGAAAACCUCGGAGAUGCAGAUGAGCUGCUUCAGGCCCUGGAGCACGCUGGCUAUGCCACUGAGGUUCCAGACCUGGACUUUGAUAUCGACAUACCGCUGUGGAAUGACGUGGACACAAGCAGCAUCUGCACAGAUGGUGAGGUGAGCGUGGACUCUCUGUCACCUGCCCACACUCUGAGCUCCGUCCCCUCUCCUUCCUCUGUGGAAGCCCUGUCACCGCCAUACUUCCUACAAGAUGAGGCCCUGUCACCACAAUCGCAGCCCUCUCCUGUUUCCGUCUGCUCAGAGUUCAGUGGCCUUUCUGUCAUCUCCUCCCCAGCUAAGAAAGCUCCGAAGAGGACCAGCCAGAUCGCACGAGCCAGACAAGCUCAGCCAAUCAAGAGGCCCAUUCAGAUCGGCCCGAAGAUCUCCAUCCAACCUAAACCUCUGAUCACAGCUGUGCCCCUGACUCACGCAGCAGCUCCCCUGCAGACCAAGACAAUCAUCAUCCAGCCCCUGCAGACCACGGUGCUGCCGGUGAUCAAACACGCUCCAAUCAACAUCCAACCAGCGCCCCCUCCAGGACGUCCCAUCGUGCUGUCUCAGCCAAGCCAGGUGCUACACAUCCAGACAUCACGGGCCAUCACCGCCAAUGUGGUCGCCAUGCCAACGCUCAGCCAGGACAGGCCCGUCCCUAUCGCUGCUCCUCAGGCGGUCUCCGUCACGCUUCGAGCCUCUUCCUCAGAUGAUGAUUCAAAGAUAUCUCAGAGGCAGCAGCGUAUGAUAAAGAACCGCGAGUCGGCAUCCCUGUCUCGGAAAAAGAAGAAAGACUACCUGCUCACGCUGGAAGCUCGCCUGAAUGUGGCGUUGUCUGAGAAUGAGCUGCUCAAGUGUGAGAAUGGAACCCUCAAGAGGCAGCUCGAGGGCCUGCUGAGUGAGAACACAGUACUGAAGGUAACGGCCCCCAAGAGGAGAGCGGUGUGUCUCAUGGCGGUGUUGGUGUUCGUUGUGCUUAACGUCGGACCAAUGAGUCUGUUUCCGGGCGGCCCAGGCUCCAAGCUCGGAGACAUCUCCAUGCAGCACAGCGGCAGACACCUGCUGGGUUUCACGUCAGAGGAAGAAAUCGAGGCUGUGAUUACCGAUUUACCCUCUGAGAUGGCCGACAGCUCUGAGGAUAAGGCCCUGAUGGUGGUGAAGGAUCCAAUCUUCCUCAGACCACCUCCCCCCUGCCUGCCUCCUGUUAACAGGACCAAGUGCUUAGAGUUGGCCCAUGAGUUGAGGGGUUGGGUCCACCGCCAUGAAGUGCAGCAGACCAGAUCCAGACGCAUGAGUAACAGCAAUCACAAACCCACCAGGACCAUUCUGAAAACAGAGAAUAAAGAGACUGACAGUGCCCAGAUUGUGACGGUCCAAUACACAGAAUCUACUGAGGAAAAGAAUCCUGGCAAUGAGCUGCAGGUCUACUACGCACCUCACCACACCUACGGUGACUUCUUUGAUGAGCUCAACCGUCGUGGCGACACUUUCUAUGUAGUGUCUUUCCGCCGGGAUCAUCUUCUACUUCCUGCCACCAGCCACAACAAAGGAAGUCGACCCAAGAUGUCUUUGGUGUUGCCAGCCAUGAACAUAAACGACAGCAUCAUACGGGACAAAGACUUCGAGGUGAUGAUGCAGAUCGACUGUGAAGUAACGGACACCAGGAUCCUCCACAUCAGGUCGUCCACCAUCCCUCCUCUGCUCCGGGUCAACCGCACAGACACUUUCUACCAGCACUCCUCCACUGACGGCCAGGCCGCGCCUCCUGUCGGCGUGCUAAUGGGGUCUGCUUAAGAUCACCUGUUAUGACUCCUCACCUAAACCCAUGAAGACAAACACAAGAUAAGACCUCGGUUUUUUGUGUGAUGAAUUAUAAUUUAAACUCCCACUGACUUGAUUUGAAUGAAAUACAAAUGUAGCUCAAAUUCUCAGCUCUAGUCAGACCCUUUCUUUAUUGGGUCUAAUAUCCGGAGGUAGUCUGUAAUAGGGUCCGAGCAGACGCUAGCUCCUUGUGUGGCAACACCGACUUCUCCCUGUAACCCCAGACGCCCCACAUAAAGGUAAUUGCUUAGCGGCAGGGGGCUGAGCAUUGAACCCUGAGUCACCUCGUCAUAACACAAAUACUUUUACCCUGUAGCAGCUCUCUUCAUGUCUGCUCUUUCUGUUUUUGUGCUCUUAAUUCUGGGAACAAGCUGCAAAGCCAGAGGAGAAAACAAAAAAUAUUCAUACACCUAAAAUUGAUCUCACUGGGAAGGUGUUUGUGAUAUUAAUGUUGGGUCGUUAUUGUCUCUGUUACUCAUUUGUUUCUUAAUUAAGGUACUUGUGAAAACAGUGAAACAGUGAGAGAUGCCAGAUUAAUUGAAUGCAGGCCAUAGAGGCGUUCAGUAAACUCAGGAAGUCAGGUGACCUGUGAGGCUAACCACUAUGUUGUUGGCUGGUUUCCAUUGAUUUAAGGAUUUCAGGUUUUGUUCAGUUGUUGGGUCUUUGCACUGUGCUCCCCUCAGAUUCAGAUAUUGUUCAUAUUUAUUUCUAUUACUAUGUCACAGUAAGACCUGCGGCGUGAUGCAGUUCACUCAUUUCUGGCAUCAAAACUUCUUCUGUCAAAAUGUAUUGAUUUGAUAUUUUCUCUGUGUGAUUGGGCUUUGUGGGAACUUUUUAUUCAUAUGGACUGCAGAAAACUAAAUGAAAUGUGGAUUGGAAGGAAACGUAC